AUGUCAUCUUCACAAACCCAUAACUACUACCCCGCACCGCACAAACACCAGAAGCACGACCCCGCAGCGUACACAAGGGCAGCCGCACAAACCCAGAAAACACGACCACGCAUGCCGCACAAACCCAAACGACGACCCCGCAGCCGCACAAAACCCAGAACGACGACCCCGCAGCCGCACAAACCAGAACGACGACCCCGCAGCCGCACAAACCCAGAACGACGACCCCGGAGCCGCAGAAACCAAGAACCACGACCCCGGAGCGCACAAACCAGAACGACUACCCCGCAGCCGCACAAAAACCAGAACACGACCCCGCAGCCGCACAAACCCAUAACGACGACCCCGCAGCCGCACAAACCCAGAAGACGACCCGCAGCCGCAGAAAAACCCAGAACGACGACCCGCAGCCGCAACAACCCAGAACGACUACCCCCAUGCCGCACAAACCCAGAAGACGACCCCUCAGCCGCACAAAACCCAGAACGACUACCCCGCAGCCGCACAAACCCAAACGACACCCUCGAGCUCACAAACCCAAACAACGACUACCCAUAA